UAAGUAAAAGUAAGAAUUUUUAACCUAAGUUGAAAUGCAUCGAAGUAAAUUAAUGCAAAUUGACUUGCAAAGUGAAGUUAUUUUUCCCAUUUAAUUUUGCCAUAGGUCUGACAGUAAAUGUCAAUAUGUUCUCCUUUUUGCCUUUUCUUUCUCCUCAAUUUCCCCCCUUACAAUUAUGACGGUUCCACCGAGAGGUCUUUAAAGCCUCAACUCACCAGAACUUUUGUUAUUUUUGGAACCAACUUGAACUCUUUUAGAAAUCAGGGAACUCUUUGAUUUGAACUUUGACUUUGAAACAUUUUUUGUGUUUGUUAUCAACUAUAGCCAACAUAACCAAUUUUCCUAUCUCAAUCAUCUCGAACUGAAAUCCAUUAUUCACCAGCAUAGACGAUUGUGUAUCUACUUGGUUUAACCAUCACAUUUAUCAAAUUGACAAUCAACCAUUUUACCCUACUCCAACUUCACUCAUCAUCAUUUCGCUUCACACCAUCUUUUGUUAUUGACAUUUUUUUCACCUUUACUAAAUCAGUAAACCUUUUGACGAUUUUCUGGACAAUACCAAAUUUACCAUCAAUCAUUAACCUAUUCAACUACAUUCAUCAUUCCAUCAACUAUUUCCAUUUUGCUGUAUCAAAAAGGUAAGUUAGGUCUGACAACCUCUUUUUGUAUCCUUCCACGCAUGUUUCAUUGAAUUUUAUCCUUUGAUUGAUUGUAACUGCUUAUUAUAAGUAAAUGCCAGAUUCGGCAACUUCAUCCGAUAUUCCUGAUCAACUUUCCGAAAGUCCCCUUGAAAGACUUUGUGUUUUGACUCCCGAAGAAUUGAAAGCCAUGAGAUCUUAAAUUUUAGUCCUCAGACCUCCGAAAUUAACUCCUUUUUAUGGGCAAAUUUCAGCUCAGGUUAUCAAAUUUCUUGACGAUUUCAAUACAUUUUCAAGUUCAUAUGAAUGGACUGGCGAAGAAAAAGUGAAGCGAGUAGUUAAUCAUUUAGAAGAUUCAGCUAAAGCUUGGUAUAAGCAAGAGGUUCAACCAAAAGUUCAAGAAAAUAAGAUAACGUGGCCUGAUUUUUAGAGCAGCUGGAACCUACGUUUUUACCAUCAAAAUAUGAAGAUUUUAUUAUUGAACAAUUAAACGAUCGAAAGCAGAAAAAUAAUGAGCCGGUUACAAAAUUUAUUAUCGAUGUAAAAGAUCUCUGUUUUAGACAGAAUGCCAAUAUGGAAGGUACAGAAAUUAUUUGGUAUCUUUUUAGAGGAGUAAAACUGAGUCUAAAAUCAGCUCUCUAUGCUGCUAAGUCUACAACUGUUUCCGAAUUCCGGGACAGUGCAAAAAAUUUAGAAAAAGGAAAUCAGUCUAGUUCUAGUGAUGAUGAACUUUCGAAAUUAAAAGAAAUGGUAAAUGAAUUAUAUGAUGGACAUAGAAAUAGAACUAGAUACCGUGAACCCCGAGUUUAUCAGACCGCAAUGUUGCAAAAUACUAGAGCACUUGAUAACCGCUCCGUCUGUUACUAUUGUAAUAAAUCUGGACAUGACCAGAUCAAUUGCCGUAAAAAGCAAUAUGGCUAACGAAAUAAUCAACCAAAUCGACAAAAUAAUAAUCAGCCUCGAAAUUACACUCGGCCGAAUUAUAAUGGUCAGCCCUUUCAUAGGUCUGACAAUACUUAUGGGCAAAGGUACCUUAGGUCUGAUAAUACUUACGGUCCACCUUAUCAUAGUUCUGACAACUAUUCCAAUCAGCCUUAUCAUAGGUCUGACAACUAUGCCGUUCAGCCUUAUUAUAGGUCUGACAAUCAAUACAAUUCAGCUCAAAACAGAUCAAACCCAGUUUACUCUAGAUCUUAUUUUAACCAAACGAUCUCAAGAUUAAACUCUGAAUUAAAUUUACCCUCCAAUACUCAACCAAAACAUACAUUUAACCCACAACCCACUCAACCUAAACUUCAGUCCCAAAUCCCGUCAGAUUGAGCUACCAAUCCUCAAGUUCAUUGCUUAUCGCCGGAUAAGAAUUAUGUUAUCAAUACAGCUUGGGUUAAUGAUCAGAAGGUGGAUUGCUUCAUCGAUACUAGAUCUGCUUUUUCCAUCAUCCGUAUUUCAGUCCUAAAGAACCCUCAGACCAUUAAACGAUAUGAAGGACCAAUGAUAAAAUCAGCGACUGGUCAUUUUCUCGAGAUACUGGGGAAAACCCGAUGUUUAAUUAAAGUAACUGGAGUUGCUCAGUCAAUAUGGACUAAUAUUAUUGUAGCAAGCGACAACUUUUCGUACCCUUUAUUAUUAGGGAACAAUUACAAUCGGAUGGCCGAUAUUCAAUUGGACUGGCAAAAUAUGACAAUCAGACCCCAGAUCAACCAAAUGGAAACAGAUAAGUCUGAUUCUUUCUCAAUUGAUCAAUCCGAAUUUACUUAAUUGAAUCAGUUCGGUUUUCAUUAUGAUAAUGGAGAAGGAUUAGCCCCUCUCGAUUUUUCUAUUAUCAACAGUGAUGAAAAUCAACGAUGCCUUACUUUGACCUUUGAUCCGUAUCAGUUUUAGUCGAAAAACAGUGUUUAUUUAUAUCUAAUUAUAAUUUCGAAACAUUGAAUUGAUUAAAAUUCGCAUUCAAAAGUUAAUAAUUGUCAUUCAGAACGAGAAAUUGAGAAAAAUUGAGCUUUCGAUAAUCGAAUACAUUUAACUAUCGUACAUCUGAAUCCCUACUAAUAUUUGUUUGAUUUGUAAGAUUUGUUAUCGGAUCCUAAAAACAAAAAAAAUAUAAAGAAGAUACAUUUCUUCAAUAAGUAAAGUAAAUGUAUUGAAAUAAUUAAGUUAAAACGUGCUUUCAAUUCAAAGUUUCUUUAAUGAUUAAAGAGAUUUUAUUAAGUUUCAUUUUCGUAAUGCUUUUAACCAAUUUUCUCGUUCACAGUUUUAUAAUCCUCGGCAAUUACCUAUUUCACGAGCAUGGCCUCUUGCCAAAUGUUGUGAUGAAUUUGACCAACGCUUGGUCAAUCUGAAUGAACAGGUGAAAUCACACCAACGACAUUUAAGUUUACCGCCUUGCAUCUCAAACACCCCAAUCUGGGUCAAAUACCCCAAUCUGGGUCAUUCUCCAUUUUAUUGGCUAAAAAUAUAAACUCGUGAAUUCCAGUAUCACGCAUUCGUUUUAUUAAGCGACUUAAAAUACCCUUUUCAGAUGGGGGCGCCGGGUCCAAUCUGUCCAAGAGAACACAAUCCAGAAGUCUUUCUUCUUGUUCGAAAUCAAUAAACCCUGCAAGGUUGUCAGGAAGCUGUUAAAAAAGAGAAAGAAAUUAUAAAUACCAUGAAAGAAACCGAUCAUCGUCAGACUUACCUUUGCGACGUCAUCUAUGAUGAAAACAAACAAGAAAUGAGCUUAGAAUUAGUAAGAAAACCAAGAAGUAAAUCAAUUACUGAACUGUAAUAGCAUAAAAAGAGUAACAUAAAAGAAAGACGGAAGUUAAAGGGGGGAGGUCAUGAUCUUUGACCAAUAUGGCUGCCCAAUACAGUGGCGCCAUCUAGUGCCCCUUGGUUAAUUUAUGGUGAAAGACGAAAGUGCGCUAAAUGCAAAUGUUUAAAAGAAAUCAAAAUGUUGUUUAUAACGUUUUAAAUGUCUGUCGACGUAACUAAUCAGCCAAAAAUGAGCCUCGUCACUAAAAACUGUUUGUUGGACCAGGAAAGUUUCUCCUGUUGUAACUCCAAGCAAGCUGGAGCAAAAUUCCAAGCGCUGUUCUUUUGCGUGGUCGCUUAAUCUUUGCACACCAGUAACUUUAUAGGGGUACAACUUAAUUGCUUUGCGUAGUACAGCUUGUAAUGAGGUAUAGGGAAUACCUAAAAUUGGAGCUGCUUUCCUAAUUGAUGUUCUAGGAUAUCUCGUAAAGUAAUCCCUUACUCUUGCUAUAACUUUAGGAGUGUUAUACUGAGCGGGUCGGCCACUUUCUUUUCGCAUGUCGCAUAAAACACCUUUUUUAAACUUUUGCACCAAGCUGUAGGAAAAACAACGUAAUUAGAAUUGUUUUACUGGUUAUUUAUGGAACUUACCGUUUGAAUGAACGCCUAGAUGGCAAUUUAAUGUUGCGGUAUUUUGAUCUUAAUGCUCUCAAACCUUCCUCAGGACUUUCGUUCCUUUUAUAAAAAUGUUCAAUGAAAUAACCUUUUUGUUCGAGUGUUAAAUCAUUCAUUUUAAGAGUUAUUCUGCAUGAAAAUAGCACAAAAAUAAGAAGAAAUUUGCAAAUUACAACAGGAACAAGAAAACAGACAAAGGCCUUUGUUUCCGAUUUUCUCAAGAAAAAUCAUAGAGGGCAGCACCCGACAAUUUUAGCGGUCAUUUUAAAAUUUGGAUCAGUCAAAAAUUAACAAUUUUGAAGCAUUUGUCAAAAUUAGCAAAAAAAUCGGAUUUUCAAUGUAAAUUUCGGUUUGGUCAUAAUCGCAGUCGGUUGUGCACGGCGGUAUAACGCCGAGGAGAGAAGAGUAGGAGAGAGAGAGUGAGAGUGUUAAAUUAAGAGAAGAAUCAAUUCCAGAAGCUGAAGACUUAAUGAAUAAAAUCUGAAGAUCCAACUCGGUUUAUAUACUAAUUCUUCAUCAAGAUAACUUAUCGGUCAUAAUCUUAAGUGCUUUUCUGGAAAAAAAACCACAAAUUUUUGUUUACCUUAUUGAGACCUGAAUCAGAUAAGAUAAAUCAUCAUGAUUUAUCUAAUCUUCAAAUCAAAAUGUUACCCCCGGGCUAUAUGAAAUUAUUAGGAAAUUUUGCUCGCAAGUUAAUUGAUUUCAUUAAUCUCGUGUAUCAAAUGAUAUCUCUUAACUCGCGAGUUCACGGCAAAUAAGGAACUGUUUAAUCUCGAAAGAUCAGCCCCGGGCGUUUAAUUUUCCUUAUUCUUUAAUCAAUUAGUUUCUUUCUAAAAGUAUCAUGUUUCUUCAUUUACCUCUUUAACUUUCUGAGUCUGAAACAGCAUCAAGGUUUGAUUUUCUUUCUUUUUAUUGGACCUUCACUUUGUGCUCGAAGCGUAUGGUCUCUUUUGUGCUCGAAGCGUAUGGUCUCUUUUGUGCUCGAAGCGUAUGGUUUCCAACUACUAAGGUAAAAGAAAGUGAAAAAUAAAGAGAAAUAGGUAGUGGGAUGGGCAAUAGUAUAGGUAAAAGGGGUGGUAUUAAGGUAUAGGUUAGGGUAUGCGCAAAGGGAUAGUCAAAUGUAAACAAAGGAAUACAGGGUAAGUUAAAAGUAAGGCUAAGCGAAUAAAGGUAAAGGUAUGAAAGAGGUAAAGGUAAAGGUGAGGAAAGCAUAGGAAAAGUAAGCUAAAUUGUAAGGAGUUACUUACUUUUUUCUUUUUGUUUUGCCGUUGGAUCGGUAUUGAUUAUGUGUUGCAUUAGUGUUGGUGUGGUAACUAAAAAUAAAAAAGUUAGAUGAAAUAAUACUUAGAAAAUGCAUGCAUAAAAAAGAAAAGAAACUUACUUUGGGGCCAAUUGACUUGUAGAUGUUUUGUUGGUGUUGUUGCUGUAACGAAAAAAAGUUAAACAAUGAAUAAACAAAAAAGAAAUUUAAGAGAAGAAUGGUCAAUGGAGCUUUGGUCAAUUUUAUGAAUAAAAUAUCGAUUAAAAGUGAGUUAUCUUGUGUAUCUGUACUACUACUAUCUGAAUUGUUAGUUUCAGACCCAAAGUACAGUUUCAAACCAAUGUAUGUAGGAAUUCUAGUUUCCUCAGCUGCAAAGUGGAUAAAACCAAAUGCAUUGAGACGAUAAUUUAUAUAGACGAGUAAAACAUCAUGUAAUGAAAGCAUUGGAAGUCCUCCAAUAACUCCAGAUCGUGUUGUAAGUCCACCGUUAUGAAUCCAGAAAAGUACUGGUCGUUGUUUGACUGAUGAUUUAUUAAAAGUUGAUUCAGUUACAUAAAUAUUGAGAUAGAGACAGUCUUCACUGGUACUUCAUAGACCACUAUCUGGUUGAAGACAAGCUGGACCUGGAUCAGCCACUGAUUUAACCUCAGUCCAUGGGUCUGGUUUAACUGCUAACUGUAAUCUUAAUUUGUCAAUGGGAGGCUUUGCAUAAGGAAUACCUAGAAACUGGUAGACAUCAAUCAAUUCAAACAAUUUGCAAACAAAACUGUUUUAUUCAUCUACGUAAAUAAAUAUUUAAUUUAGAUGGAAAGCAUAAGGUGGAACUAAUGAUUGAAACAAAGCUCUCCUCUCUUCAGUGUAAUUUCUUGAUACUGUUAUACAUCUGAUUAUAUCCAAAAUUUUUGCCUCAUUUUCCUCAAUUUAAAUUAUUAAAUUAUUAUUAUCAGUAAAAUAUUUAAUUUGUGGUUCUUCAUAUUUUUUUUCAUUGAAAUCUGUGGAUUAUUAAAGUGCAGGUGCCUUCCCUCAAAUCUUAAUUCAUUGAAUCGCGAUUAAUUGCUUAAAUUGAAAAUGUCAGAAAGAAGAUUUCAAGGUGUGAUGCCCAACCAUUUCAUAGAUAACGACAUAUUGAGAAUUUUAAUUUCAAUAAAUGGUUGAUGGAAGUCACCUUGAAUAACUUGAAAAACUAAGUUUUAUGCAAUUGUAAUCGUCUCCAGAUGUAAUCGUUGUAUUGAAGGGUUGUCUACGGGUGCAGUUGAGGUUGAUAAGAUUAUUGUGAAUUUUGUGAGUACCAAGAAAACUAUCUAAUAAUCUUGAGAAAGUUUUGAUCAUUAACAGUAUAAUAUUGAAUUUACAGAAUGAAUAUCUGUUAUUUUUUGCGAAAAGACUAACCUAUGAAUAGUGAAGUCUAUCCAAUAUAAAUUUCAAUAUUUUUGCAACAAAUAAGUUUUUGCGACACCAUAUUCAACAUUGUGUUGAAAUUGGAUAACGUCUUCAAAGUUCAAGUAUUAGCCUUCCAAUUAGAGUGAUCAAAAUGGUCAAAAUUACUUCCAAAGAGGUUUGCGAACUUGUUAAACUUUUGAGAAUCGAUGUUUUUUACUUUUUAGCAACUUUAAGUGGUUCUUUGCCUGGAUUUGCUUUCAACCAACUGUUGCAGGAUAAAUAUUGUGUCAACAAAUAUUCAAUCAAUGAAAGUGUCUGUUUAAAUUUGGAAACUGCUGGACCUGAAUAUGAUACAGUCAGGAAUGAUGUAUUGAAAGACACAACAACACUUAAAAUGUAUGUUACUCUGAUGAAAGCUAUACCAACGAUAAUCUUGUCAGCCAUUUUAGGUCAUUGGAUGGAUAAAUAUCCUGGUCAUCUCCGGUAUCUUUCUGGUGUAGCAUCUUUAGCAAUCGUCUUUCAAAACAUUAUGAUUAUACAUCAAUGUUUACACUUUGAAAUGGGUGUUGACUCAUUAUUGUGGACAUAUUUGUUUCCAGUUUUAACUGGAAGCGAAAUAAUUAUAACAGUAGGAACCUUUACUUAUGCAACAAGAAAGACACCAGCAAAGUUUCGAGCUGUUAGGUUUACAAUCAUCGAAAUUUUCUUAUUUGCAACUUUUCCGGUUUCAAGUCUACUGGGAGGAGGCAUUCUAUCGACUAAACCAUGGUUCCCGAACCAGCUUCGUAACUACAUUGGAGUUUAUAUCAUUUCAUCUGUAUUAGCGGUUUUCGCGGCUAUUUGGGUUAUGUUGUUGCUAUAUGACGCUGCUGACGAUGAGGUUGAAACAGACGAAUCUCAACCAAAUGGUGAUACUUCAAGUUCUGAGAAUAAUGAAAACAAGAAGAAAACAGUGAAACAACUCAUUUAUAAUAUAAUCAAACCAGACAAUAUUUUCCAUGCAAGUCGCACUGUUUUCAAAAGAAGACCAAAUAAUGCUCAUUGGUAUUUGAUAUCAACGAUAUUGACUGGUAUUAUAGCAAAUAUCUGUUAUUCUGGUGAUCAUUCCAUAGGGUACCAGUUUAACCAACAAGUUUAUCAUUUUAAUGCUGAACAAAUGGGAGUUUACGGUGCCAUUUUCAUCAUCUUCCCUGCUCUGGGUGUAAUUAUUGGUCCUCCGCUAUUCAUUCAUAAAAUGAAACUUCAUGAUAGCUCAUUGGCCAUAAUUGGUAUUGUUUCAAUUAUGGUGGCUUUCCUUGCCAAGGGUUUUAUUCUUAGUCGCCUAGCCUUUUUAUUUAUCAUAUUUGGAUCUUUCGCUGGUGUUAUAUUUGUUGCCGAUCGUUCAAUCAUUUCUCGAAUGAUUCAUAAAGACGAGAUUGGACAAGUUUACGCAUUUUCAUCAGCUAUUGGAGGAUUUAACCAAUUGCUAUCAGCGCUAUUCUACACCACAGUAUUUAAAGCAACAUUGGACUACAAUCCUGGUCUUGUGUACAUAAUUACUGGUUUAUUAUUCACCAUUCCUUUAGCCAACGCUAUUUUGCUCAACAUAAACAAGCAGAAAUGGGAUUUAGUUUUGAUUGCUGAAAAGGGAAAGGAAACUCAAGAAAGUUCGAGCUUUCUAUCAGAUGAAAGAUAACAAAGUUGGUCUACGCAACGGACAUGAUUAUUUAUCUCCACGUCUUCGCCUUUAGCUUCUGAAUAUUAUGCUUUGGCUGCACGAGAUUGGUCAAAUUAAUUUGCAGUUAAUUCUCUGCAAAUUUAUAAAUCAGUGGUUAUCUGAUGAGCACCAAAUUCAUAGAUUGCUAGCAAUUUCAGCAUAAAUGAUUUUCGCUAUUGAUUGAUGAAAAUUUAUAAUACUUUCAACAAUUUUAAACUAAAAGAGACUUUAAUGUAUUAUGUUCUUGAUAUUUAAAUGAAUGAAAACUCUCCAUGAGCAAGCAAAUUGAAUGACUCUGAAUAAGGUUGUAAUAUAUUAUAAAAAGUAAUAAAAAUGA